AUGGGGCGGGGGCUUGGUGACGUGGCGAUGUGGCCGGCGCUGCUGACGCGGAGCGUGGAGAAGAGGCUCCGUCCUCGUUAUAAGCUGCUGCUGGAAGCGGGUAAGGCGGAGAAGUAUGGGCUUGGGUACAUGUUUGGAUGCAAGGAUGUGGAUUUCGAAAAGAGAUUUGGACUCAAGCUGCCAAAGAGCCGAGGGGAGGAAGAAGAGGAGGGGAGCAAGGAGGGGGAAGCGGAGAAAAGGGAUGGGGAGGGAAAUAAGGGAACGGAGGAAGAGGGGGAAGUGGAGGGAGAGGAGGAGGAAGUACUAGUGGUGAAAGCAGUGGGAGAGGAGGGAGAGGGAUUGUUGGUGGUAAAAGCAAUAGUGGAAGAGGGAGAGGAGGACGUAGUGGUAGUGGUGAAAGGAAUUGGGACAGGUGGGGAGGAGGAUGAUGAGGGGAACAACCAGAGGAAGGGGGAGCAAGUGGAGGAUGGGGAGGAUGGGGAGGAUGGGGAGGAUGGGGAGGAGAAGGAGGAGGGGGUUGGGGGAAAGCAAGAAGAGCAAGCGAUAGCAUUAUAG